AUGGAUGGGCCCCAAGGAGACACGUACCUUCCUCCUGGCAGUGCCAGACUUUUGUCAGAAGAAGAAUCCACCCUAGUCCUAAUUCCCACUCCAACCUCAGACCCCAAUGACCCCUUGAUGGUAUUUUGGCAGCAAAUGACGGUCGAGCUGGAUAUGACCUACGACGAACUCAACAAAGGUGUCGCUUUCAAUGUCGUCGGACUCGCCCUCGGAUGCCUUUGCAUCAUUCCCUUCACAAAGAAGUACGGUCGACGAUCCACAUACAUCUUAUCGACCGCUUUAAUGGCUGCAACGUCUUGGUGGAGCAGCCGAUUGCGUACGGUUCCCGAGAUGUAUAUCACGAACCUACUCUAUGGCCUGGCUGGAUCAACAAACGAGACCAUAGCCGAAAUGACGAUCUCUUCUUCGUUCAUCAGCGAGGCCUGGCAAACGGCCUUUACAUAA